UGGCGCCACCUGUGUCCGUAGAUGUGAAGUACGCGAGGGAGAGAGGGACCCUAGUGCGCCCACCCCUUUGUGUGUGCGACAGGGAGCCUCCGUGCUGGGCCACCGUGCCCGCAGCCUGCCUUACUCUUCAGCCGGGGGCCGCAGGAGUGGGCAUGAGGAGAGAAGGGGCAAAGCGAGAGGGAAUGAGGAGAGGGAGCUGCAAGUGCUUGGUAAGCAGCUACAGCCCUCAAUAAAACCUCUACGGUGUAUAUCAACCAAAGGCUGUUAUCUGCGCCUGGCAGCCUUGGGCAUCCAAAGAGGUUUGAUGGAAGAAGAGGAUCGGAUCUGAGGUUGCCAGGAUUAGUCUCCCUCAUGUUUAAAACUUAAAAGUACCACAGGCUGGCCUUUCUCCUACCAUGAUUUAUCACCAGCACUACACUGGAAGGGAGCAUCUUCAUUAAAGGGCAACGUGGUUAUCCAUACCCAACAACUGGCUUUUACAGGAUAGUGUGCAAGCCUUGAGUACUAGCCAAAUGCCUGCUUGUGGGGUUUGAAUCUUUUAUGGCUCAGAGUGAUGAAGGGAGUCUGCAGGCUGGAUAGACCAUGAGUUCCUGAGGCUAUUGGAUGGUCUGAAUACAGUAUAAUGGGGUAACAACACAGCCCCCUUGAGUGACAGUCUUUUCUAUAGUCUUUUUGGCCAAAAUAAUUAGAGUGUUUAAGAGAUGGGGAGAACAAGGGAGGAAACAGCAGAAUUUUAAGGUUUUUGGUCAUUUGGCCAAAGGGAGGAGGAUGCAGCAAAAUGAGGUAAUUAGGAGACCUAGAAAGCAAGUGAAGAGUGAGAAGUACCCCUACCCUUCCAAAUGAUUGCAAAAAUCAGCUAGUGGAAUAAAUAUGAGAGUAUGAUGCCCCAUAAGUGGUGGAGAAACCAGGCCCAAUGAUCAGGAGAGAGACUGUGUUCAGGCCUAAUGGAGACAAGAUAUUGUGACUAGAGUAGUCUCAUGAAGUCUGCCAGAAAUGGGGAUUUAUCUGCUCCAUCUGCAAGUCUGCCAGAGACAGAAUGAUUUGCCUUUGGAUAUGAAGAGCAGUUUCAUAGAGAGUUCAGAUAAAGACUAAAAUAAAUUCUUUGAGCAGAAGUGGAGAGAAACAAUAAUAAAUACAUUCAGAUGAUGUUUGUGUUCAAGAAUCUGAAACAUCCCCAUUAAAAAUGGCAAACAUAGGCCAAUAAAUUCCUGAAUGGGUGAGAAGAGGAAAUCACCUCCAACCCAAACUUACAGUGAAUAAAACAACCAGUCACAAGUGGAAAAGGAAACAAAAAUGCCUUGAGUGUCAAUUGAAAGGAUGACCCAGAUGAGGUAGGGAUUUCUCAUCUUGAAAUUGUACCACAGGAUGGCAAGCACCUCCAACCUCAUUAGUCUUAAGUGCUGUGAAAAGACACAAAGGAGGAAACAGGGGAAGAGAGCUCUAGUCCUCUGCAAUAAGGGCUUGUGCUGUCCCCCCUGGGUCUCUGUUGUUGGGAUGGAUGUCGCCUCUGCAGGACAGUGGAUGGGCGAUGAUGCUUUCUUUACGUGUCGAAAGAACGUGCUUCUGGCGAAGAGCCCGACCGCCCAGGUAGGGGGCAUCUCUUCUGUGCCCAGCAGGAGGUCAGUCCCAGAAGAGGAGGAAGCCCUGCUGCAGCAGCAGCUGGAGGAGGAAGCUGGUGGGCUACACAGCUGUGAGAGUGCUCUAGCAGUGGGGAAGGUGUCAGCCACACUGACUAGUGACUGGCUGGAAGGCUCGGAAUUAUUGAUGACCGGCCUCAGCAAUCUGAAUGUGGCAUCAGAGAUCACAUGGUGCAGUGAUCAGCAACAUGAUGAGCUACAUACCUUAAUGUCUCUAGGACCAAAGGAACAUGUUGUAGUCACACUGGCAAAAUUACCAGAAGAGGAAAGCGUGGCUACGGUGGGCAUUGCAGCAUGGUCAGCUGUAAGGACGCAGACCGAUCACCAGAUUAGUGGCUGCACCCCUUCAGCCCUGGAAAGGGAGGAUGAAGAUACUGCUGUGCUGGGCUGGAGCUUAGCGCAUGACACAGAGAUAGUGCCAGAGGAGGUCACAGCCUGGCCUGUUUAUGAUACAGGACAAUUCCAGCCUUUUCCAGCAGAGAGUUCUUACCAUGAGAUUUUAUGGAGGGACUGGGAGGAUCUCUGUAUCCAACUUGCUGUUCCAGAGCUGGGCUCAGAGAAUGGGCCUCUGUUUGAAUUCCGAGUCAUGUCUUACAACAUUCUGGCCCAGGAUCUGGUGGAGCAGAGCCCUGAUCUCUACCUGCAUUGCCAACCAGAUAUCCUGGACUGGAGCUAUCGUCUCCCAAACCUCUUGCAGGAGAUCCAGCACUGGGACCCUGAUGUUCUGUGUCUCCAGGAAGUGCAGGAGAAUCACUACUGGGAACAGCUGGAGCCAACAUUCAGGAUGAUGGGCUUUGUGUGCUUAUACAAACGGAGAACAGGAAAAAAGACAGAUGGCUGCGCAGUUUGCUACAAGCACAACAGGUUCCAGCUGAUCAGUGCCAGCCCUGUAGAAUACUUCCGGCCUGGCCUGGACAUCCUAAACAGAGACAAUGUGGGUCUGGUGCUGCUGCUGCAACCUCUACUCCCAGAGGGUGUAGGACAGAAAGCAACAAGCCCCCUGUGUGUGGCUAACACUCAUGUGCUGUAUAAUCCCCGCCGAGGAGAUAUCAAACUUGUACAGAUGGCCUUGCUCCUAGCAGAGGUUGACAAGGUUGCGAAAACCGUUGAUGGCAGCUACUAUCCUGUCAUCUUGUGUGGAGACUUGAAUGCUGUGCCUGAUUCUCCAUUGUACAAGUUCAUCCGGAAUGGUCAGCUCUCUUACCAUGGGAUGCCAGCCUGGAAGGUUUCUGGACAGGAAGACUUCUCCCAACAGCUGCACCAGUGGAAGCUGCAGACCCCACUCUGGCACAGCAGUCUGGGUAUAACGGACAACUGUCAAUAUGUCUCUCUUUGCCAGACAAAGAAAUCAGACAGACGAAAGUACAGCCGGGACUUCCUGCUUCAGUUCCGUUUCUGUGAUGCUGCCUGUGAACGACCUGCACAUCUGAUUCUGUGGAAGGGUGUGACAGAUGUUAAACCAGACCGCCCUGCACAUUGGCCCAAGCAUCUCACCAUAGUGAAUGAUCCUGAUCCAGAGCUCUUCUUCCCAAGGUCUCCAGGUGUUAUCCGGCAUGGCCUUAAUCUGACCUCUGCCUAUAGCCACUUCUUGCCCCAGAGAGGUCGCCCUGAGGUCACAACCAUGCCCAUGGGCCUUGGAGCUACAGUUGAUUAUAUCUUCUACUCGGCAGAGCCCAUUGAGAAUGGGAACGAAAGGGGUCGCAGGCUAUAUCGAGAUGGAGCUCUGAAGCUGCUUGGCCGCCUCUCCCUGCUCUCCGAAGAUGUCCUGUGGUUGGCAAAUGGCUUACCCAAUCCCUUUUGCUCAUCUGAUCACCUCUGCCUACUGGCUAGCUUUGGCUUGGAGAUCUCCAGUGCCUGAGAGAUGGGGAUCAUGUGGGUUGAGCUGGACUGAAUGCAGAAUACAGAAAUUGUGCAUUCAGAGCCUCAGUUGGCUCACAGGAAACUUCCUUUCCAUUUCCCCUGCACCCCCCAUGUAACAGGAGCAUGAGGGGCCCAGAGAGGUUGAGACCUUCCCUGCAUUGCUACUCCAUGGGACUCCAUUACUGGCUGAUGCCCAGUUGUUCUCUGGCUGCACUAUCUCUUAAAGGGACCUGGGAAAUUAACUUCCUUACCUAUUUGGUUCUGCUACAUCUGGCAGACAUUGUAGCUGUGAUGGUCUUACACUGCAGGAAUCAACAUGACUUCCGCUUAUUUACUUGU